CGAUAAUUUUGUACACGAGUUUAGAAUUCAUUAUGGAGUAGUUUCGUUUACGCACGUAGCCUCAUAUGCAUGAUACAACCACUUUCAUAUAUGUGGCCUCCUAUGCAUGAAACAACCACUUCUAUGUAGCAUUAUCAUUGCCGUAACAAGCACCUUUCGUGUGGCCUCAUCUUUCAGUUAGACUGGUGUCGGGGUGAGUUUCAUGUCAGCUCGUUAAAAAGUCAAGACAUAUGGUUUCUAUAUCAGGUUGAGUGAUGUUACUUUAUGUGUCUAAAUUCUGACGGGAAGAAUGAAUGAAGAUUGAUAGGCUGGCCAUUUCGUUAGUUAGUACAGACAUACAUUAAUCAUUUUGAUUAAGAAUCAUAUGUAAGUGACCAUUUGGUUGCUGUUCCCAAAUGUAGGUGACCAUCAAUGUAAUUAACCCCAAAAUUAGAACAAACCCAGAUUUACAAACCCAAUCCUUUUGGGCUGAUUCCGAGUCCAUGGGCCAAAUUCAUCGGACGGGCCGCGCAUGCGUCUUGGAUUUAAUAGGAAGAAAAACAGUAAUGCAUUCGACUGUCAAUUUGAACCCGCCCCGUCGGGUAAUAUCUGACCUGGUCCGUGAUGGGGCGGGUAUUACCCGACCUGUAUUAGUGUGAGGCGGGGCAUGGGUAUCAAUUUCUGACCCGUUCUGUCCCGCCCCGCCCCAUUUUUAGUCCGUUCUAGAUCAAUUUUUUAACCCAUCCAUUCAUAUAUCUCCUAUUUAGACUUUUAUUCAACUAGUUAGACUUGAUCUUUCAACUAAAUAGACUCAAUUACUUAUUAUUAUCACUAUUAUUCAUUCAUCAAGUUUCCCCCUCUUUGUUUUAUCAUAAAAAGUAAAAUUAUACGUUUAUUUUUCUUAAAUAGCAUGUAAGAGUGGGUCGACCUGGCCCGCCCCGUACCCGCGCGGGUAUUACCCGCCCCGACCCAUACUAACAUGGGACGGGGCAUGGGUAUUGACUAUUGAGAUACCCGCCCCGCCCCGACCCAUUGCCAUCACUAACUGCCAUGUUGGGCUUAGUUUCAUUGAUGAUGCUGUUUUUUUUUUCUUCUCUCCAAUGUAUUCUGAAAGCGAAAGGAAAACAGCGAGAUACAAGUAUACACAGGACAUUUUCGGAUCAAAUCACAUAACAGAUAAAAUGAAGAUGUGAUAGAUUAAUCGUAACCCUUACUUCUCGCAUUGUACUGAUAAUAUAAGGUAUUAAGGUCGAAAUCGGUCGACAUUAAUGUCAAAUACCGAUUUAACAAUAUAAAAUUGAUUGGGGUGAUUUUCCCCCUAAUAUUUAUUUAUGUAUUACAAUAUAAUUAUAGAUGGCGAUAAACAAUUUUUACGGUCCGAUGACGGUGCAAUAGUUAAUAAAUCCUUGCUUAUUUGAUAAAUUGUCAACAUACUCGCAAAAUUCCAGGUGCUUGGUGUGGAUAAAGUCCAUUUGUGGAUUGAUGUUGGUUUGGUCGAUCGUGUGUAACAUCCGUACGAUGGGGAAAAUGUCAAGGGAAAAUCUGCACUCAAGAAAUGUCAAACCCGAAGACUCUUGAAUUGGUGCGCGAUAGCAAAUCAAUGGCGCCAUUUAAUGGCUGUAGCCGCCAUUCCUUAGCUCAUUCAACUCGUCUUUUGCUCCUCCCUUGGCUUUCAUCAAUAGUUUUGUUUUUUAUGAUGCAGGAGCCCCAUGGCUAACGGUUGGGCUCAAUUUCGAUAGUAUUUCGAACGUUAUAUUGGGCAGAUAAAAAAAUUUGCGCAUAAAUUCGAUUGUGAUCAUUAAAAAGCGGCUUUCUUUCCACAUCUAUGGAGAUUAAGUUACAGGAAUCUAAUCAUGUAACAUACGUUAUCACUUAUCAGCCUUUGAUAGCUAAACUCGAUAAGUAUAUAUUAAUAAACGAAAUGAUCGAUAUGAAUACUCAAACCUCAUCCGUCAAAACCAAACUUAUUGUAUUCUGAAUACAAGUAUCAUGAUGAGACAACAAAUCAAAAUUGGGGAAGGACUUCCCACCUAUUUUAAGCUCAAAAGCAGUGGAUGAUAUCAUGAGACUCCAUUGAUGGAAGGUGGAUGAUACAUACUUAGAGAUUCCUUUGUUGAUUAAAGGCUACAAUAAACUCGACUGAUCCCAGACGUUCGUAGUCUCGUCCUCUUUCUUGUCAUGACAAGCUUGCAUGAUUCUUUGUCCAUAAAGUGAGGUAGAAAUCCAUUCUUCUUCAGGUCAUACCCGGAUUUCUUCUCCCGAAUCACCAAUUGUUCUCUGAUUGACUCGAAACUUGCGCCUAUGUUUCACUUUACCGGUUGUUCAUUUAGGUGCUUUUAACAAUGAGCUAGUUAUGCGUUCUUCCGGUUACUUUCCUCCAGAAAUCAAAAGUAGCUAGGCUGGCAUGUGCCAACAUUCCUUUAGGCCAAAACAUGGUGCUGUUAGAAUAUGUUUACUUAUGCAAAGAUCAAAAUUAAGAUGCUAAUUGUGUUCUUUUUAGAGCUCUCAACUCUAUAUUCAUAUUGUUUUAACAUAUUUGAGAUACAUAAGUUGGUGCAGGAUCAUACUAUACACGAUCAAAACGCCUAACAAAAUCAAAAUGUCUUAACACGAUAAUUAUAGGUAAAUUACAGAUACGUAUAUGAUUCACGAUGAUUCGAUCACGAUAGAACAUCCUAAUUAAUUAAUGCCUAGUGGUUGGCCCGUGGCUAGUGGGAACCCGAGAUUGGAAAAGUUCCAGAGACCACGCGCUCAAUGUUACAAAAGUCAAAUGCAAUUUGCAGAUUGCAGUGUUCGUCUUUAAUUACAUGCAUUCUUUUUGAUAAUUGUUAAUUCGCUAAUCAAAUCCAUGUCCUUAUCGCUCACUUAAACUUUUUUUUCUUUGAAAAUCUGAAAUGAAACCCACCUGUAGAUUGCGAAAGAAGUAGGGCCGUCCUGUUUUUCUCCUAUCGUCGUGGAUAUAAAAUUCCAUCUCCAUGUUUGAUUGAUUGAGCAUGUCCUAACAAAAAGUGAUAGAGCCACUAAUCUGAAUGGAGAGACUCACUUGAAUCCUGAUAAUUAGGAGAAAGAGGAUUAAGGCUUGGUGGGUACUCUAUUUUUUAAAUUUGUUAUGAAUUUUACAUGUAAUUUUUGUUAGUGUUGUGGUAUAUGGUCCAUGAUUGAACCUCUCCCAACAACUACUGUUAUUGGGAUCAACUGGUUACUGACAUGGUGUCAGAGCCUUCGGUGACCGUGAGGUCUUCUGUUCGAUUCUCGGUGACCCACAUUUGUUAAGCACAUGGUAUUCUUGUUUUCAGACCUGUGCAAACUCCAAGCCCUUGUGAGUGGCUUUCAUUUGAGGGGGCGUGUUAGUGUUGUGGUAUAUGGUCCAUGAUUGAACCUCUCCCAAAAACUCGAGUUAUUGGGAUCAACUGGUUACUGACAAUUUUAUCUAUAUUUCAAAUUUGAGGGGGUUAUAAGCUUACAGCUUUUUCUAACUUCAACCUAGCUCCUCCCCUGCUAUCAAAGUAUGUAGAAUUUUGUUAAAUGACAACCUAGAUAGUGGACGGAAUAUCGAUUGAUUGACAAAACACCCAUGCGAGUGUUCAUGGAUAAUUCUGAAGUCAAACAGUAGAAGUAUGGUUGUAUUCGUGAUUCAAAAUACUGGACCGAUCUCUGCGCUUCAUGUACAUUAUGCGAGCAUUCAUGAAUGAUUCUGAUAAUACCAGCAAUCAACCAUAUUAAAUUUCUUAGACUUGAGUUUGAUCAACCCGAUCCUAAAGCCAACCAAUAAAAUUCUAUAGUGCCAAGAUUUGGCUGAAUUUCUAACCCUAAACUAGCCAGGAUGGUCGAAUGAUAUAUCUCAGUUGGAAUUUGGCAUUUCUUACUUUUGACUUUCCUAAUAUGUGCAGGCUUGCUCACUUGCUGUAGAUGAACCCUAGAGCCGUCUGCUCUGCCUGCUGUGAUACAUACAAUAACCAAACGACAACUAAACUUUGUAUGUAAUAUGCUUCUUUCUUAAUUCUAAUAAAUCUAGCCAUUGGCCAGUAAUAAGACCGCAAAUGUCGACAGGCUAAUAAGUUGAAAAAAUGAUAGUGUUUUGGGAAACGAUAAGAAAAGCAUUAACGCAAGAAUCAAAACAUGUAUUUUUUAAUUCGCUCUACUCGUCAACGCAUAUCUAACAUAAUUUUUUUUUUACUUUUAAUUGCACAUUGGAAAAAGACGAAGUUGGUAAUGUGAUGAAGUCAUUGAUUACAUAUCGUAGUUAGGAAAGCCCUGUCCUUGUUUCCGAUUGCAUGUCGUUUUUUUAAUUUUUAGAUCUGACUGUCUUCCAAGAUGUAACUAUCCUUGUUUCAAUUUAUAUAUAUGAUUAUCUUUUGUAAAAAAAAAAAGUCAUUGAUUACUGCAUUGUUUCCAUAAAUGUUGCUUCCAAAUUGCGAGCUCAUCCCCCCUUCAAAAAGAUUUCAGGGUUUCAUCUUUUAUGAGGUCACAUUUCACAAUUUCAAAGAGAAGUCGUAGUAAAAGAUUUGAGUGUCAACAAUUCAUUAACAUCUCUCACAUAAUUUGAUAUUUUCGAUAUCAACGAAAUACUCCAAAUAAAAAUAGCAACUUCGACGUCGUAUAUAACUCGUAUAAUUCACGCUACAUAUGCAAUCUUGUCCGCUAGAAGCAUGGGGUAUAGGACACAAGCCUUAUUUCAAUGCCUCUCUUCCCAUCUUGAAUAGGUCGAAUCUCAACAUUCUCCAAUAUGUGCACAUAUUUAUAUUGUUAUAACGACAUUAUAAAAUAACAUAACUAUAAUUUUGUUCGACCCAUCUUUUUCUCAAAUAGUCCAAGUUUAUAAGUCAUCCCCAUUCUCUUUCUUAUACUAUGUUUAGGAAAGGGUGUAAAUGGAAGGGGGUGCAAGUUUGGAGGGGUAAACACAAGUUCCAAGGUGUUUACCCCCGUUUGGUUAUUUUGUAACAGUAGGGGGGUGCAAAACGUGAGCGUAAAUUCACUGUUUCGGCUUACCCCCCAAAUUGGGGUGCAAGGGAAGGAAGGAAGGGAGGGGGAAGGGGGAGGAGGGGAAUUUUUAAUUAGAUUAUAAUUACAUAAUAAUUAAUAUUAUUAAUUUUUUCUUAUAUCUAUAUUAGUGUAGAAGUUGUUUGGGGUUGACCGUUUGACUCAGAGAGCAAGUUUGUCAAUGUUCGCCUCGUCAAAUCGAUAUCUCUUAGUUGACCCGAAUUUGCAUUGAAAAUUAGAGAUAAGAAGCGUUUGUUGAAAAGAUAGAGAGGAACAGUUUAGUUAACUCGAUUUACUUUAAUAAGUAGUUAAAACUUACAGAUUCGAACAUGUUUGACUAAGUUUGACCAUAUUCAAUUUAAAGUUAGGCACGAGAACCCCGUUAGGAUGACUAGUUACGAGUUGGAUUUUGAGUUUCGAGGUUGCUCGACCAAUGAUUAUUAUUGUUGUUAUAAAUAAUUAUAUUUGAGCAUUAUUAUAUAAUAAUUAUUUUUAUUAAAAUUAUUUUUAUUAAAAUUAUUUUUAUUAUUAUAUAUUGAAUUUUCAUGUUAUUAUUUUGUGAUAAUAUUUUAUAAAUUGAUAAAUUUAUUUUAUAAUAAUAUAAUUACUUACUUUUUACUCUAUUUGCACCCCCCUACUUUUUCAUGCAAACAACAAUUUACCCCUCCACUUACACCCUCCACCAAGUUGCACCCCCCAACAAUUUACCCCUCGAACUUGCACCCCCCUGUUGUCAAACAUAGUGUAUGAACUAUCGAAAUUACUUCUUCUCAUUCAAUUCCCCCAUAAAAUUCUACCCAACCUAACUCAUGCUAAACACGAGGUAGAUAUGCAAAUUGAUAUAUUCACUUAUCACAUCUCGUUGUUAUUUCUAAUUAUGAAAAAAUUUCAUCAUAUAAUAAAAUUGUAAGAAAACAAACAAUUUUAUGUGAUCUCCCAAUAACCAAAUCUAUCAACUCGAACUAUGGAGCUCACGACACUAUUUACAAAGAUUUUACUGACCUUUUUAGUCAACCACACCAUAAUAUAAUCAGAAAUCCAUAAUUGCUUUUCCUCAAUCUGUCAAAACUUUACCGUUCAAGAACAGCCGACAUGUAUUUGUCACCCCUUUCACAAAGACUCGCCAGUUGCCACGGUUCCUUCCUUCCUCCCUCGUUUUCCUUCCUUUCCUUCACAUAUUAAAUGAGAAUCCAGAUGUUUGACCAGAACCGUUCACGAAACCGGUUAACUCUCCCUUUCCCCUUCUGGCCUUCUCCAUUUUCCCCACCUUAUCAUCUCUUUCUCCCCAAAUGAAACAACCGCCGCCACCGCCACCCAUUUCCCCGCCGCAAUGAACCACCGCCGCCCGCUUCACACCCUCCCGUUCCUCCUCCUCCUCCUCCUCUUCCAACCAACCUCCGCCGUCGACUUCGUCUUCAACAGCUUCAACUCCACCAACUCCUCCUCCAGCCUCUUCCUCUACGGAUCCGCCGCCGUCGAAUCUCGAGUCCUCACCCUCACCAACUCCACCACAUUCACAAUCGGCCGCGCUCUCCACCCGCAGAGAGUCCGCACAAAAACACCCAAUUCCUCCUAUGUCGAUCCCUUCUCCACCUCCUUCAUCUUCGCCAUGGCGCCGUACAGAGACACCCUCCCGGGCCACGGAUUGGUCUUCCUGUUCGUCCCCUUCGCCGGAAUCGAGGGGGCUUCCUCUUCCCAGAACCUGGGCUUCCUCAAUCGCACCAUCGACAACGACCCCAACACCCGAAUCUUCGGCGUCGAGUUCGACGUCUUCGCCAACCAGGAGUUCAGCGACAUCAACGACAAUCAUGUGGGGAUCGAUCUCAAUUCGCUCACCUCCAGAUUCGCCAACGAGGCCGGCUACUGGCCGGAUUCCGGCGCCGGAUUCGAGACGCUGAGGCUGAACAGCGGCGAGAACUACCAGGUGUGGAUCGAUUACGCGGAUGGGUCGAUGAAUGUGACGAUGGCGAGGGCAGGGGCGAAUCGGCCGAGGCGGCCGUUGCUUAACGUUUCGGUGGAUCUCUCGGAGGUUUUCGAGGACGAGAUGUAUGUUGGUUUCACUGCUUCUACAGGGCAAUUAGUGCAGAGCCACAAGAUUCUAGGUUGGAGCUUCAGCAACUCGAAUUUUUCGCUGAGCGAGGGUUUGGUGACUACUGGCUUGCCGUCGUUCGUGCUUCCGUCGGAUUCGAAUCUUCAAUCGAAAGGGUUUAUCGCCGGGGUAACGGCGGGGAGCUUGGUCUUGGUAAUUUCCGGCGUUUUGAUUGCCCUUUUUCUAAUCAGGAGGAGGAGGAGAAAAACAGGGGAGAAUAAAGACGAGGAAAUGGAGGAUUGGGAAUUGGAGUACUGGCCGCACAGAAUGGCUUACCAGGAAAUAGCGGCGGCGACGAAAGGAUUCAGCGAGGAGAACGUGAUUGGGAUCGGAGGGAAUGGUAAAGUCUACAAGGGAACUUUACUCCCCGGCGGAAUUGAGAUUGCAGUGAAGAGAAUCUCGCCGGAGAACGACGGAACCAGAGAAUUCCUCGCAGAAAUCGCCACCUUGGGGAGAUUGAAGCACCGGAACUUGGUGGGAUUGCGUGGCUGGUGCAAACGGGAAAAGGGAAGCUUCCUUCUGGUCUACGAUUACAUGGAGAACGGAAGCUUGGACAAAUGGAUUUUCUCCGACGAGAGGGGGAAGUUGCUGAAUUGGGAAGACCGGAUACGGAUCCUAAACGACGUCGCUUCCGGUAUCCUGUACCUCCACGAAGGAUGGGAAUCGAAGGUGCUUCACAGAGACAUCAAGGCCAGCAACGUUCUGCUCGACAAGGACAUGAACGGCCGGAUGGGCGAUUUCGGGUUGGCCCGGUUGCACGAGCACGGGGAGGUAGCUCGGACCACCCGAGUGGUUGGGACGGUCGGGUAUCUCGCUCCAGAAGUGGUCCAGACGGGUCGAGCAUCGACUCGAACCGACGUAUUCGGGUUUGGGAUCCUGAUACUAGAGGUCGUGUCGGGGAGGAGGCCGAUCGAGGAAGGGAAGCCAAUCCUGGUCGACUUCGUGCUAGAAGCGAUGAAGGAAGGGAAGCUGUCGGAUUGUGUCGACCCGAGGUUGAGGGAACGAGAGGAUCAGGAAGUGGAGCGGGUGGUCCGGCUUGGUUUGGUUUGUGCCCAUCCCGACCCAAGUGCCCGACCCACGAUGAGGCAAGUCGUUAAGGUGUUGGAAGGGAAGAAUGAUAGUAACGAUGGAGACGAGGAGGCCGAGAGCGAGGAAAUGGAGGCGUACUUGCUUCAGCGGACGAGGACUGGGACGAUGACUCCUACGAGAGACUUGUGGAUGAGUCGAUACUCGAGCGAUUUCGGGUACGUUGGAUUACAUCCGACGAUGGAUGAUGUCAGACAAUCGCAAUCGACAUCGUCCGGGUCGUGGACCACGACGACCGUGGAGGGUUUUGCGAGCAAGGAGAGGGAGCUCCGGAUGUACAAGAGCGUAUGAGGUGCAUUGCUGCUGCUAGUUAGCUUUGCGGGGAAGAAAGGUGCACCUUGGAAGACAGAAGUUAGGCUUUUUCCCCUUUGUUUUGGUUCAUUCCUUGGAGUGAUUGAUUUUUUUGGGUACAUGAAUGUACAAAGUGAAUAGAUGGUGGAUGGGGUUCUUCUUUGUAUUUAAGUUUAUAUAUUACUUUUGCUUCUAUUUCAUUAAUUGCAUAUAAGUAGAGGGCUUAUUGAUUACUAUGAAAUGAAGAAACAUAAACAUCAAGCGGGGAUAGCUCAGUUGGGAGAGCGUCAGACUGAAGAUCUGAAGGUCGCGUGUUCGAUCCACGCUCACCGCAUUUUAAUUUUUUCAUGUUUCCUACAUCUCGUUCUUUUGGGCUUUGGAAGACUAAGGCCCAAAUAAAAAAUCCUUCUGUCUAACGUUUUCCAAUUACUGUCGCAGGUUUGGGCUUUAUGGAUAACUUGAGCCUCUAAUGUUUUCGUUCCUUUCUUAAGAUGUGGGUUUUUUUUUACCUUCAGCCCAGUUCAAGGAAAUGUGUCCCACAAUGAAUAACUCUGGUCUGUCUUCUCCAUGAACCGAUUUGAGGUCUCCUCUUACUCCAAUAGGAUCCGAGUUAAAACCUAAUGCUUAGACCUCUCACCUCUCAAGCCAGGUGGAAGAAAAAUCAUUUGCGAGAUCGAAAUCGGACCGAAUCAAGAGCUUAAUGACGACGCAACACAAAUUAUUACGUACAAUCAUAUAUACACAUUAAUAUACCUUUAGACUACAAAUAUUUUAGUCAAUCUAUUGCUUGUUUUCAAUUGAUUAAAAAUCCUCAAUCGAAAAGUUACAUGUCCAAAUCUUCAUAACCCGCAACAUUAAUCGUACGACUUAGAUAUCAGCUAACGUACCUAUAUACAAACUUUCAAGUCAGUAUAAACACCGCACGACCAAAACAAUAUUAUCUUGGAGUAGUGUAUUAUAUUUGCAGCAUCGUGCGUGGGGAUAAGGUAUAUAUCACAUCGGAUCUCCAAUUUGGAGCACCUGUCAACAAAUAGCCAUAUAGCAUUCUCUAUAUUUAUGCUUUUUUUAUAUUCUAUUUUCCUUCAAUUUUUUUAUAAGAAAAUAAAUAAUAUUAUUAUUCGAGAUAAUGAUCUCUGUUGUUUAUAGACCUUUGGUUUCAUUGCUUGUGUAUAUAUAUAUAGAGAUUGUGAAAGCAAUUUUCCAGCUCAUGCAUGUUUCUACCAAUUAUUCCAGCCCUCAAUAAUAAUUUCUAAGGCAUGGGUGUAUGACUGUAUAUAUACGAGGCUUCGAGUUUCCGCAUUCAAUGAGGAAAACCAAACCCCAAAUUAUUGGGUUGGACAUGAGACAAGCCAAUGUGGAGAUCCCAUCAAAACCUAACUUUGUAUAAGCUUUCCGAGAUGAUGAUAAUAUAUUAUAUGUUAAAUACUUACAUGUGUGAUUGUUUGUGUAAUUAACUAGAACGAUUGGUAUUGUAGUUAUGUAUGUUAGAGGUGGGCAUUGAGUGUGUCGAGUGGGCUUUCGGUUUCAAAAAUGACUCAUUCACUUACUAUACGUUUUGUUGGGUAUGGUUAGGAUUGAUGGGGUAAGCCAUAAUAAUAUUUCUGUGACUAGUCAUCAUGCAAGUGGAUUAGCUAGUUAAACCUUAAUUACCAUGUCCCGUCCCAUGCUACUACGGGUCGGGACGAGUAACACCUGCACGGGAACGAGGCGGGUCGGGUCGACCCACUCUUACAUGUUAUUUGGAAAAGAUACACACAUAUUUUACUUUUUGCGAUAAAACAAAAGGAGAAACACUUUGUGAAAGAAAAAUGUUGAUAAUAAAUGGGUAAUUGAGUUUAACAAGUUAAAAUAUCGACUCUAACUAGUUAAAUAAAAGUCAAAAUAUGAUAAAUAUGUAUAGAUAACGUAAGAAAUUGAGAUAAAAUGGGUCUGAAAACGGGGCGGGGCAGGCAGGGUGGGUCAGAAGUAGAUAUCCAUGCCCCGCCCCACACUGCUGGCAGGUCGGGUAAUACCCGCCCCAUCGCCGGUCAAGUCGAGUAAUACGCGCGGGGCAGGUUCAAAUUGCCAUCAGUAGCCCCACCCAGUACGCACACUGGUAUUACCCGAUCCAACCCGUACUUAGUGCGAGGCAAGAAUGGAUAUUGAGAUAUCUGCCGUACCCCGCCCCAUUGUCAUCAAUAAAAGAAACAAAUUAAAUCACUUUUUUUUUACGAAAAAUAUCCUAAGAGGGAAUACAACAAAUGCGACGAAAUACGGGGACCUUUCCAGGUUAAAAUUACAAAGUAGAAUUAAGGAAACAGUAUCACUUAGGAUUUGAUAUAUGUAUAUAAAAGGAAAUAAUAUCAUUAAUAUUUUGCAUUUAUCAUGUAAUAAAAGGCAAAUGUGUAGAGAGAGAAGAUUUUUAUUUACAAAAUGAAAAAAAAAAUUGUCACUAUAAUUAGAUACCCAUAUAGAAGAAAAUCAUGCCAAUAGGGUUGGGUAUAUCUUCUAUCAUAUAAAAGGAGUUCACAUCAACGAUUCUUUACCAAACACUUGAAAAAAACUAUUGAUAUAAAACUCAUAGAAAAAAGUUCGUGACAGAAGGAAAUGGAAAAUACUGCAAUGAAGUUGGCCUUCUUUGUUGCUCUCUUGUUCUUCACAGCUGGUAAACAUAUCCGACGUAUCAUUUCAUUUCUGAGUUCUAACAGUAUUUGUAUUAUUGAUAUAGAAAAUGUUACUUUUGUAUUGAUUAAUUAUAGGCUAAUAACAAUUAACAAGUGUGGGUUUGUUGGUUUGAAGGUCUGGAGAAGAGAGUUGCAGAUGGAAGGGGACUCGUCGUAGAUUCAUUCAAAUGCAAGAUACAGGAGGAUUGUUACGAGAACUGCAAGUGCCAAAUUUGUGCAUGUGAAGGGAAAAAAUGUAUUUGUAAGGUGAAAAACGAUAACAGCGUCACUAAUGCUACUGCCAAUAGUACACCUAUCGAAUUAAUAACUAUAUCGAAUUAAUCAUCUAGUCGCAUACAUAUAUUUGUGAUAACCUAUCGAAUUAUAAUAACUAUAUACUGAAUUCGUGGUUCAAUGCGAGAUAUAAUUUUUUUUUAUAUACACGUUUCGAUCCUAAAUAACGAGAAAAUGUUUCGUUUAUGUAUUAGGGAGUAAAUAAAGCGUCCAUAAUAUUUAUACGCGAGAUAGACACCAAAAAAGGGUACAAGUGACGUUAUAGAUGCCAAUUGUGACUGAAUAAUAAUUUGUAUUUUGUUCAACAGCAAUCUUUCUUCGGUUAAUACGUGACAAACUAUGUCUCUGUCACUAACGUGGAACUGAGUAAUGAUGGCUGAUAUAUAUCAUAACCAUCUAUUCAUCGUCCUAACCCAAUUCCUCAAAGAAAAAAGGACUCCUUUGAGGGCUUUAGUACCUUAAAAAAUGUGAUGAUUUUGGUUAUUUACAGCCCACCUGGAGAGUUCGAAAUUACCAAUUUCACUUGAGAUUUACUUCAAUAUUACGAGAAGAAAUUUUUUUUUUUUUUGGUAGAAAUUUGGUAGUUUGGUUUGUUUUUUCCACGUAAAUAUCGUAGAUAUUUUUAUCAGUGAAAGAAAUCAAAAUUUAGAAUUAGCAGGGAUUACAGAAGAAAAAGGAAAUUGUCAAAAUUUCUCAUUAUAAAACUUAAAUUUUUUAAGAAUGGAUUAAUAGCUCUUAUUCUAUUAUAUAGUACAUAGAUUAUAACCUCAUAAGUACUAUUUAUAUAUAGUGAAGAUUUGGUUGGUCUUUGAUCUACUUCGAUGUAAGUGUAACGAAGUAACGAACGACUAGCCAAGUUGAAUACCUUUGGGAAUUUAUUAUAAUUAGAGCAGAAAGUGUGAUGGGAAGAAUCAUUUGAUUAGAGAUCAGGUGGGGGACAAAAGAUGGUUCCACGAAAAGAGUAGGCAAGAUAUGUAAUAAUAUAGUAAUUAACAAUGAUAAUGAUUUUGGUAAUUAAAAGGGUGGGUGGAAGGUAUUACUGAGUGAUGAUAUUAUUAACACAAGAAGAAGUCAAAGACGUCGUUUUAGGCUUUUCAGAUUAGAAACUAACGCACCUACUCACUUUUUUUUAGAUAAAUUAAUAUUUACAUGCUCACUUUUGCGCCACUUAAUUUAAUAAAACCAUGUUGUCAUU